GUUUCCAGGAAGUGGCCAUAUUGGAUCCAUUCAGCCGCAGCCGCCCGGGCGGAGCGCGUCCCGCAGCCGGCUUGUCCCCAUCGCGGCCCGGGUGCUCGCCCCGGCUCGCCCGCCCGGUGCGGAGCUCGCCAUGGCGGCCACUGACCUGGAACGCUUCUCGCUCCCGGAUCCUGGGUGCGAUUCCAGGCAGCUCUGGCCUCAGUGGUCGGGUCUGAAGCAGCCAUUCCCCAGGAACUGGAGGGAUUCCAGAUUCAGCCCAGUGGAUGUUUGGGCCCCAGUCCAGAACGCAGAGCCAGAGCCCCGGAGCCUCUCCCUGGGUGGCCAUGUGGGUUUCGACAGCCUCCCCGACCAGCUGGUCAGCAAGUCGGUCACUCAGGGCUUCAGCUUCAACAUCCUCUGUGUGGGGGAGACUGGCAUUGGCAAGUCCACACUGAUGAACACGCUCUUCAACACGACCUUUGAGACCGAGGAAGCCAGUCACCAUGAGGAGUGUGUGCGCCUGCGGCCCCAGACCUACGACCUCCAAGAGAGCAACGUGCAGCUCAAGCUGACCAUCGUGGAUGCCGUGGGCUUCGGGGAUCAGAUCAAUAAGGAUGAGAGUUACAGGCCCAUAGUUGACUACAUCGAUGCGCAGUUUGAAAACUACCUGCAGGAGGAGCUGAAGAUCCGCCGUUCGCUCUUCGACUACCAUGACACGAGGAUCCACGUCUGCCUCUACUUCAUCACGCCCACGGGGCACUCCCUCAAGUCCCUGGAUCUGGUGACCAUGAAGAAACUAGACAGCAAGGUGAACAUUAUUCCCAUCAUCGCCAAAGCGGACACCAUUUCCAAGAGUGAGCUCCACAAGUUCAAGAUCAAGAUCAUGGGUGAGCUGGUCAGCAAUGGGGUCCAGAUCUACCAGUUUCCCACGGAUGAUGAAGCUGUUGCAGAGAUUAAUGCGGUCAUGAAUGCACACCUGCCCUUUGCCGUGGUGGGCAGCACCGAGGAGGUGAAGGUGGGGAACAAGCUGGUGCGAGCGCGGCAGUACCCUUGGGGCGUGGUGCAGGUGGAGAACGAAAAUCACUGCGACUUCGUGAAGCUCCGGGAAAUGCUGAUCCGGGUGAACAUGGAGGACCUCCGCGAGCAGACCCACAGUCGGCACUACGAGCUCUACCGGCGCUGCAAGUUGGAGGAGAUGGGCUUCCAGGACAGCGAUGGUGACAGCCAGCCUUUCAGCCUACAGGAGACAUAUGAGGCCAAGAGGAAAGAAUUCCUGAGCGAGCUGCAGAGGAAGGAGGAGGAGAUGAGGCAGAUGUUCGUCAACAAAGUGAAGGAGACGGAGCUGGAGUUGAAGGAGAAGGAGAGAGAGCUCCACGAGAAGUUUGAACACCUCAAGCGGGUCCACCAGGAAGAGAAGCGCAAGGUGGAGGAGAAGCGCCGGGAACUGGAGGAGGAGACCAACGCCUUCAACCGCAGGAAGGCGGCGGUGGAGGCCCUGCAGUCUCAGGCCCUGCACGCCACCUCGCAGCAGCCUCUGAGGAAGGACAAGGACAAGAAGAACCACAGUCCUUUACCAAUUCCUGCCCUCUGCAGAUGGGGACAAGUGGAAGAUGGAUGUGUCUUUAUUUCUCCCACCACAGUGAUCCCCAGUCUCUAAUCUGAGGUGGGAUAUGAGUUCCUAACUGCAGGAAAAAAAUGUUAAAGGAGAGUAGGAUGGGACCUAGGAUUCCAAGACAAGCUUGAACAGCAUAAAACUUUUAAAACAAAAAAUCUCACAAGUGGUAUUUUGGCAAUGCAGAAGUUUGCUUCCCCAAAGAAGGGGAAUAUUAUUUACAGAAAGAUGAAGCAGCAAGGCUGUCCCUUACCCCCAUACUGUGGCUCACAGGUCCACCUUCUCCUUUUUCCAAGAGACUGAGAGUUGGUUUAGCUCUGGGGAUGCAGCUUACUUGGUUAAGGGGGUCCAGAUACCUCUCAGCAGUUUCCUGAAGUCAGAGACAGCGUGAGCUGGUGUGGGCUCUCAGGAUGAGCCCCUGCCCCACCAGCGACAGUGCCCACUCCCAAUGGAAGGAAGGAGGCAGAGGGAGCUGUGGCCAUGAGCAGCAGGCUGCCCCUCAGCAUGUCCCUCUGUGUUGGACUAGAGGACAGUUACUGACAGGGCUUGAGAGAUGUAUUUCAAGUGUAUUUGACUCUAUCAGCUCUAAAUGCAAGGUAUCUAAUACAUAUAAAAUAAGACUCAGACAGGGUUGAAAGGAAUUAAGGUGUAUUUUAACAAAAGUUCCAACACGCAAAUUUGUUUCAACAAAAGGUAGAGAUCUGUGCUGACUACAGUACAGACACUAUUAUACUAUAUGUAGUCCUCGGCUGUUUUGCAGCUGGUAGCAGAUCACACUCCGCGUGGCUUAGCACGUUUACAAAAAACUGUUCACAGUGGAAGGACUUCACAAAUUACCUCUAAAUGUGUGGUUCAGUCAUUCAUAUCCCCAACACUCCUUACACAGCCCCAGUGGGCAUCGCUGCCAGCUGGACUCCACUGCCUAGAGAAUGGCUCUAUAGUGUCACCUCCCUCAGCCACGCUAGUGGUCUCUCCCUCCUCCUGGCAGUGGUGGAGGCAGCCUCAGCCUCAGCCCCUGCUCACCUCAACCAGAAGCUCUGGGAGCUGUCUCUCCCCAUCACAAGGGCCACCUUGAAGUGUUCUGCUUUAACACAAGAAUCCCUCUAGUUAAGCUAAUAAACUACUUUGCUUAAGAGUAACAAAGGAGAAAUUUGCCUAAAGCUUGAUCAAGAUGCUGUACAUUAAAUAAAGCAUACUUUAUAAAUCGAGUCCUUAUGAAGAAAAGACUUAAAUCCUGGCCAAGUCAAGGUAGAUCUACCUGGAGAGACUAUCCCAUUUCUGCAGGGGUGGGCAGAGUACUUGGGACUUGAAAGCUGCACAUGUUCUUGGUACAAGCCUGGGAAGCUGGAAGGACCUGGCCGGCUCUGGCAGGUGGAGCAGCAAGAACUUGUCUGUCAGCACCAGCCCAGCCCUUCGGCCCUGAGCAAGGCCUACCUCUGGCCUCAUAGUCCAGCUGUCUUAGGGGCUGAUACAGCCCUUGCUGGAGAAGGAAGAAAAAGCAAGCUGCAGUAUGAGCAUUUACUCCUUCUCUCUGGUCUCGGGCCCAGGGUUCAGAGGGAGGCAGGGGUUCAGUUUGUCAGAUUACCCUUCCCUUUAGGGACCCUGACCUAUCUUUUUUGCCCCCUUAAUUUUUUCUGAAGACAGGAAUGUUUUCUCAGUUGCUCUUUCAGGGCCUUCUUCCUUUCUUGUUAUAGGAUCCGUAAAGCCUACAAUAUAGAGGAGUCCAAGCAAGGCGGGAUUGCCAUUAUGCUCUAAAGGGCACCGGGGUAGGGGCACAGAGGCUGGCAGGUGAACCAGAAAGUUGUCUGUGCGGGAGGAUGACUAAAAACUUGUCAGCUGUUGCUUUACAAGUUCUUUGCAGUGGUUCCAUUGCCUAAUACCGACCUGUAAUUAAGACAGAGUGGUCAUCCUUGAGGCAGAAUCAUUUUACAUUCUAAAGAAUGAGCAAUUCAGUGCUGAAAUAUUAGCAUGGAGCAAUUUCAGGAAGGUCCAACCACCCAACUUAAGAACAUUAACCCCACCAUCUCAGGAACACCCAUCUUCAACCUCAGCAAAAACUGUCAUUAUUCUAACUGCAUUCCAUCUUACCCUGUCCAUCCUGAGUGAUUCUGACCUCCCAGUGCCUACUCAGGGUAUCCUGGUGCCUGGUACCAUAUAGAGGGUGAGGGGUUAGAAAUUUACACUCCUCAAUACUAAGCUCAGGUUUGCUUCCUCCUGAGCUAGACAUGUCCCCACAUCCUCUUGACUACAAGGGCUGCUACUGAGAUAAAGCUUCACUCACUGUCAGAGAAACCCACUCUGGUGAAGGGAAUGUGUAUCUAAUACUCAAGUCCAGAGGAUAUGCCACGUGUGAAAAGCCUAGCCCUUAGGAAGACUCUUCAGAGUCAUCAUGGCCAGAGCAUCUUCUGGAGCCCACAAGGGCCAAGAAGGGCCACAGGUACCCUUUUGGGGGCAGAGUGCAUCAGCUGAAGGGGCAAAACUGAGAGCCUGGUCUGGGGCAAAGUUGAUGUCUACCUGUGCUUU